AUCAACAUGAGCGGCCGCGGAAAGACCGGAGGGAAAGCCAGAGCGAAGGCCAAGACCCGCUCCUCCCGUGCAGGACUGCAGUUCCCAGUGGGUCGUGUCCACAGACUGCUGCGUAAAGGCAACUACGCUCAGCGCGUCGGUGCCGGCGCCCCCGUCUACCUGGCGGCUGUGCUGGAGUAUCUGACCGCUGAGAUCCUGGAGCUGGCUGGAAACGCUGCCCGCGACAACAAGAAGACCCGCAUCAUCCCCCGUCACCUGCAGCUGGCUGUCCGCAACGACGAGGAGCUCAACAAGCUGCUGGGGGGGGUCACCAUCGCUCAGGGCGGCGUGCUGCCCAACAUCCAGGCGGUGCUGCUGCCCAAGAAGACCGAGAAGGCCGCCAAGGCCAAGUAAAGCUGCUGCUGAACCCGAAACACAACGGCUCUUUUAAGAGCCACACACUCCUCUCAGAGACACGAUUACCGUUUAACAAUUACUAUGUAAUUUUGUGCUUUUGUUCUCUCACAUUGAAGUCGCUUUAGAUAAAAGCGUCUGCAAAAUGACAGGUUCUAUGGAUCAGUAACAUCUGUUCUGGAAACUAAACUGUCUCAGAAGAAACGACCAAUAAAUACAUCUAGAGAUGUGAGAUGACUGAGAGCAGAUUGUUUAAAAAAGAAACAUUUUAACAUUUUGUAUUAUAGCACUAACUAGUUCAUCGGUUGUCUGCUGGUUGAA